AUGGCCCCAAUCAGUCUGGAAUGCAUUAAGAAAGUUCGCAUCACCUUCUGCCCCUUUCACUCUGUCCCUUCUAUUGUAGAAUUCAUGCGGAGGGUGCAUUCACCCAAGGUCAAGGCGUCCAAUCCCAAGUGUGAGAUAGACUUGAACUUGGUUCGAUACCAGAAAGACACGUACGUCAAACCUGAGAUCGAGCUCCAAUUCACCGACGAAACUGUUGAGAAAAUGUUUCCGACAGCAGACAUGAAGAUCGCGGAUAUCGAAAAGUACAUCUUCAAGAAGUCUGAGUUGGUUGACUUCGCCCUGUGUAUCAAAGAGAUGAAAGCCAAUCCAGUCACUGGGCCUAUCCCCAUCGGUUCUUUCAAGGGAAGGAGGCACACAUACGCUAUCUAUGGCGAAGAUGCCGAGAAGCGCCAACGUGCUGCUGGUGGUGUGAAGACAUCCAAGAAGAAGUAA